CAGCGUUUCAUUUGCUCAACGGAACGAACUCCUCGUUUCUCCUCUCCUCUUCACUUCAGCCACCACUUCCUUCAUGCUCUUUGUUCGCUCGCUGUUCUUGAGCUAACCUUCAUCAAAAUGCGAUUCCUCAGACCUCGUGGCAUCGCUGAUGGUUUCCUCAGGGAUGCGGGUUCUUCGGCCGGAACUUCCGGUUGCGUUCGCGGUAGAAUUUAUGAGCUCGUCCGGGGCGGUGCCGCGGUGGCCCGUACUCCGUUGAGGGGGGUGAGGUUUAUGGUCACCAGCUGCAGGGCGGUGCUGCUGCCGCGGUUCGGCGGGCCCGAGGUGCUGGAGCUCCGAGAGAACGUGGCGGUGCCUGAUCUCAAGCCCAAUGAGGUCCUCGUCCGCGCUCGGGCCGUGUCGGUCAACCCGCUCGAUACUAGAAUGCGUUCAGGCUAUGGUCGGUCAAUAUUUGAACCGCUUCUACCUCUAAUUCUGGGUCGGGAUAUUAGUGGAGAAGUUGCGGCUGUUGGAGCUUCUGUGCGGUCAAUGAGAGUUGGACAGGAAGUUUUUGGUGCGCUGCAUCCAACUGCUGUGAGGGGUACCUACACCGACUAUGCUAUUCUUUCUGAAGAUGAACUUACCCGAAAACCGGAGUCAAUCACGCAUACAGAAGCCAGCGCCAUACCUUUUGCUGCACUUACAGCAUGGCGAGCUUUGAAAAGUACUGCUAGGAUAAGUGAAGGGCAAAGGGUGUUGGUAAUCGGUGGUGGAGGGGCAGUUGGCUUUGCUGCAGUUCAGCUUGCAGUGGCUGCUGGCUGCCACGUCUCUACUACUUGUGGAGGUGAAAGUGUAGAACGUGCCUUGGCUGCUGGAGCUCAGCAGGCAGUUGACUACAUGGUUGAGGACAUUGAGUUGGCUAUUAAAGGGAGGUUUGAUGCUGUCUUGGAUACUAUAGGCGCACCAGAAAUGGAGAGAAUAGGCAUAAAUCUUUUGAGGAGAGGUGGCCAUUAUAUGACCCUUCAGGGGGAAGCAGCGUCACUUGCUGAUAGGUAUGGACUAGCUAUUGGGCUCCCGGCAGCUACAGCCAUCUUACUGAAGAAACAGUUCCAGUAUCGAUAUUCUCUUGGAAUAGAGUAUUGGUGGACAUAUAUGAGGGCUGACUCAGAAGGUCUGAAUGAGAUCCGUCAGCUGUGUGAAGCCAAGAAGCUGCACAUUCCUGUUGACAAGACAUUCCAUAUUGCACACGUGCGGGAGGCUCACGAAGCUAAAGACAAGAGACUUGUUCCCGGAAAAGUCGUCCUGGAACUGGACUGAAGGAGCUCGACCCUCUUACAGAGAAUGCAAGAUAGUGUGUUAUUCUGAUGUCCUUGAGUGAAAUUUUCUUAGCGGUUCCUUGAACUUCUGUUGGGAGAGCGAAAAUGCAAUGCAAAGGCUCUUUCCAGAUAAUAAGUGCCAAGAAUUCUGUAAAUAGGAAAGUGCGUUUACUUGAAUUGUUUCUUGUACUGAUUGAGAAUUUGUAGAUCUAUCCGAUAAAUGAACCUGGAAUCUGAGAACAUACGCCAAAUCUAUAUGGUCACAAUUGAAUGAAGGCCAACCUUUUUAUUCCCUA